GGAAGAACAAAUAUAACUCCCAUGGCGAUCCCGUCCGCUCGAGGGAUCGUCGCCGUUUCACCCACCCCUAUCCUCUUGGUCUGACCAUCAAACCAUGCAGAAUCCCGGCGGCUCAGCCCUGGAGAAAGGGAUGUGGACGGCGGUUGCCAUUGCGACGGUGGUCUUCAUCCUGCGUGUUGCGGCGAAGGUCAAGAUUCGCCAGCUGUAUGUUGACGAUGCACUGAUGUUCAUCUCCUGGGGGUUGACUCUGUCCUCGACGGUGCUCCUGACGCUUUCCGUCCGCAAUGGCUUCGGCUCCGACCUCCUGACCCUCCCGACCAAGAAUGUGGAGCACAUCCUGAAAUAUAUCGCCCUGGAGGUGCCGCUGGUGACGAUCAGCACGGGGAUCGCGCGCUCCUCCUUUGUGGUGUACCUGCUGGGGAUCCUGGGGGGCAACAAGAAGUACGCGAUCGCGCUCUGGAUUGCGAUGUUACUGCAGCUGGCCGCCAACAUUGUGUCUGCGGUGCUUCCGCUGAGCAUCUGUCGCGACGAUCGCAUUCUGUGGAAUCCCGACAUUCAGACUACCUGCGGCGAUGUCGUUGCGGUUGUCCGGUUCUCGUACUUCUCAUCCUCCGUCAACACCGCGACCGAUCUCUUCCUCGCCCUCUUCCCCACCAUCGUCUUCUGGAAUCUGAACCUGCGACUCCGCAUCAAGAUUAGUUUGAUCGUGCUGCUGAGUCUCGGUCUCGUGGCGAUGAUCGCCUCGAUCAUCAAAACCACCAAACUGAAGGACGUCCCCAGCGUCACCAACAUCGGGGCCUCGGGCGGCGUCGAGCUCAUCCGCUGGGGCUUCGCGGAGAACCUGAUCAUCAUCAUCACCUCCUCGGUGCCCUGCGUGCGCCCGCUGCUGAUAUCCUCGGUCCAGAAGCUCUCCUCCGCCGCACGGUCGCGGUCUUACGAACUGUCCGGCCCCUAUCUCAAGGGCAAGGAGUCCCACCCGGGGGGCCACCACUACGAGCGACAGGCGUCCGGCCAGCGCGACGAUGCGGAUAGUAUCGAGCAGAUCCUCAAGGACCUUCAUCGGCCGCCGUCUGGUGCUGGCGGACACAGUCCCAGUGUCGAGGGGGGGAUCCAGAAGCAGGUGGAAUUUUCGGUGGUGACUGCGCCGGAUGAGGAGCCUCGGUGAUGUAG